CUGAGUUUCCCAGUUUCAGAAGCGGUGUCUUUGGCUGAUGAACGCGUUCAUUUGAUCACCCUAGAAAGAAAAACUCCACUCGGCACCCGUCACGCCUCGAAGAGAUUCGAUCUUUACAUUGACGGCGUUCAUAACGAGAUACCUGAUAUUGCCAAGUACACACUGAGCAAUAUUACUGUAAGGGCUGACGAGACCGGCGAAACGAAUCCAGUUGUCAUCCACGAUAUGGGAGUGGCAUACGAAUAUGACGAGCAUCAGCCAUUUCUCCAUCAUCAAUCCAACCGACUACACCAGGUGGACGUGCAAUCAAUGCUGCUCCGACAUCGGCUCCAUGGCCCCAUGGAGGACAUGACCGUCACUGAUCCGUACCUGUGGAAGAAAGUUCCUUCAGCGGAAGCGCGAUCGUCUCCACCCGGUGAAAUAGUGCCGUAUGUUCCGGACUCUUUCGAACCGCAACGACUACCAUCCGAUCGGGAUCGUAUUCUUAGAGACAGCCCUGACUACUCCGUGAAGAUGAGAUCGACCAGGACUGAUUCCGUCUCCUCAUACGACGGCGACGGCUCGAUCGGCACCGACAGACACCGAUCCAUGAACGCCUACCGCGACCAUUAUCCGCGACAGGCCAUCCGCAUGGUGUCCAUACUGGUGCCUGGCGUGGACCAGCCAGGUGAAGCGAUCGUGAAGCGAAUACCAAGCCUGGACAAAGUGAGCACUCCACCAUUGCUUGCUCCGAGUCCUGCCCCUUUGGUGAAUGUGGAUGAGCAUUAA